AUGUCGCAUCGCAACCUCUUGUUCGUGUCUGCUCACUCGUCCGCACCCGCGCAGGUUGGAAGGCGCGGGCACGUCAUUGACGCGAGCUUCAAGGCGAAAACCAACUUGAUUCUGAACGACCUCGACUCGAUGGCCACGUCGCAGUUCUCCGAUCUCGUCAUGCGGCAUCGCGCACGGGUUCUGGACGCCAACGGACACAUCAAGACGCGCUGGGACGUGGUCGUGCUCUUGGCGCUGCUGGUGUUUCUGAUUUUGCUGCCCCUGGACGUGUGUUUUGACAUUGUGACCAUCUCGCCCACGUGCUUGACGCUGCAGGCAAUGAUUGACUUGACGCUGCUCCUCGACAUUGCCGUGACCUUCCGCACGUCGCGGCGCGAUGCCACCACCCAAGCGCUCGUCGUCGACGCCACCGAAGUCGCCAAAUCGUAUCUGUUUAGCCGCAGCUUUGUCAUUGACGUGCUCUCGUCGAUCCCAAGCGCGUACUGGGUCACUGAUCGCGUCCAAUUGAAACGGGUCGUGCAAGCCACGCGCCUCCUCUUCCUCUUUCGGCUCUACCGGCUAUCGCAGGCCGAUGUUGUGGGCCGCGUCGAGCGUCGGCUAUCCCUGCUGAUCCACCCCGUCUUUGUGCGCUUGGCCAAAGUUGUGCUGCUCUAUAUUGCCCUGCACCACUAUCUCGGCAGCCUCUACUACUUGAUCGUGUGCUACGAAGUCGGCGUUUACGACAAGCACCUCGAGAAAAUGUGGCCCAUUCCAUUCUCGUUCGACGACCCGCUCUGGGUGCAGUACGUCGGCGCGUUCUUCCAAGCGUUCUCGCUCACGAGCGGGUCGUCGAUUUUGGCGAUCACCAAAGUCGAGCGCAUCUUUAGCUUUGUCGGAUUUGCUAUUGGCAUGAUUGUCAAUGCGUGUAUCUUUGGUAUCGUCGCGGGCUUGAACGAGCAGCUCCACACGUCGUCGGACGAGCGCCAGUACCACACGGCGACGGUCGCGUCAUUACUGCGGGAUCAAAACGUCGACAACGAUGUCCAACAAGCGAUUUACGACUACUACAGCUCGACGUCGGGCGGCGAACUCUUGGCGCACGACACCAACAAGAUCUUUACACCGGCGCUGCCGAGCAAAGUCGAGCUCCUCUUGCGCCACCACCUCCACCGCGACGUGGUCGCAAAAGUGCCCUUUUUAAAAACGCUCGCGCCCGAGCAAGUCAUGGCACUGCUACUCAUGAUGACCGAGAGCAUUGCGGUACCUGGCGAGGCAAUCGUCAAAGCCGGCGAGAUGGCCCACGCGUUCUACAUUAUUGAAACCGGCCUCGUUCGUGUGCUUGACGCGCGAGGCAAUGUGCUCGCGACACUCGGACCUGGCGGGUACUUUGGCGAAGUGAGUUUGAUGACGAACGAGCCAACAACCGCCAAUUGCAUUGCGCAAACGUACUGCAAACUCAACUUACUGCUCAAAGUACACUUUGACGCGUUCACGCAAGCCAACGAAGGCCUCAAGUCGUACCUUAACGAGACCAAGACCAAGCGGCUGCAAGUGUCGGCGAGUACCGCCAAGCAGCCGAUUCUGCUGCUACGAACGCGCGCGCAGCCGAAACCAACGUUUAUGGGGCAGCUCUUCGCCCGGCAGGUUGCGAGACGCUUGGCGCGCCGCCAGCGCCAAUUCAUACGCCUCCUCUCUGUGCACCGCGAGUCUGUGCAGCGCGAGUCGGUCAAAGGAUCUGGUGCGCGAUGGAGCCAAGUGUCGCGACGCAGUCAAGCGACGCCGACUGCUUCUUUCGUCUCGGCAAGCGCGUUGCAAACGCACCUGGUCGCCCUCUCGCACGCUCGAGCGCGCUCCCUCGUGCGGCUCCAACGCAUUUCACGAAGCGCGAUCGAGGCCGAUUGA